AUGGCACCUGCCAAAUGGGGCUGUUUGUGGUUCGAGAAGCUGCAGCAUGUCACCGCCCAGCUGCACACCGGCACGACGGCCCAACAACCGAACCGCCCCCAUGUCAAUUGCAAAGAAGAAGGAAACGAGACGAACGGGCAUGUCCCCUCGCCGCCAGGCGCGAGCGUUGCCGAUGAUUUCAUACUACGGAUAGAGCCAAUACCGAUGUGGCGGCUAGCGAUCAUCUUCGCCUGCAUCGGCAUGGGCCUGCUCCUGUCCGUCAUGGAUACCACCAUAGUUGCCACAAUGCUGUACGAUUUCGGGCGAGGCAUAAGAGCACAAAAUGACCAAUCCUCAAGGAACAUAAGCCAGCUCAUCGGCUUCCGGGCGCUGCAAGGCGGGGGCGGCGCCGGGCUCUAA